GCUCCUGGGAUACUGUAGAUCCGUUCUUUUCGUCGUUCUGUCUAAUCUUCAUUCUCUUCUUUGAGCGCUGUGCGCUGUGUAUAUUUCAGCAAUGUAUUACCAGCCUUCUAUCAUAGCGCUGGCCGCGCUCAUCACCUCCGUUCAUUCCCACGGCGUCAUUCUUGCAGCCGUGGGCGACUCGGGCGCAUCCCAAGGUUUCCUCGUCGACCAAACCCUCGCCCGUAACUGCACCACCAUCAGCCCCUGUCAGCAAGACUCAACCAUCAUCCGCGACUCGGAGAUAACACAGAACAUCGUGAACUCUUGCGGUCGGACGGAGAUAGCGGGGAACAUUGAUGUGGGCGAGCAGACGGAGAAUGAGCUGGCAGCGGGGAGGGUCACACAGGUUAGCAGUGGGAGUGUGCUGGCGGUCACUAUUCAUCAGGUGAACGCUGAUGGUGCCGGCCCGUACGAAUGCGAUCUCGACCAAACAAGCAACGCGGCAAUAAACUUCGUCCCCCUGACAGUCGCCAACAACGUGCCUGGCACGAACGGCCUCUCGCAAGCCAAAGAGCAGGACUUCACCAUCAACGUCCAGAUGCCGCAGAAUUUUAACUGCAUAGGAGCAUCCACAGGGGACAUAUGCACCGUGCGCUGCCGCAAUAACGCAGUCGCCGGUCCAUUUGGUGGCUGCUUCGCGGUCCAGCAGACGGAUGGGACGGGGAGGACGAACACAACUGCUGCCGCCGUCGACACGGCGCAAACGCUCGCCGGCAUCGAAGCACAGGUCCUGCAGAACCAGCAGGAUCUCCCGGCUGCUAUUGCGGCGAAUCAGGCUGCGGGCGCGGCGGGUGGGGAUGAGGGCGCGAGUGCGAUCUCUGCGUUGAUUACUGCGACGCUGGAUCCGAGUGCGACGGCGACAGCCGUAGCAGGGGUGGGGAAUGGGAAUGGGAAUACGAAUGGCAACGGCAACAACGGCAAUGGACGGGGCAACAGGAACGGGCAGAACGCGAACGGUAAUGCAAAUGCGGCGACGGGUAACACGAACGGGAAUGCAAAUACCGCGGGCGGAGCGACAGGAACUAGAAAUGGGGACGGACGAGGCAACAGGGGCAACAGGUUUGGAAAGCAGAGGAGGAGAGCAAAGUUCCUACCGUGGCUAGGUCUUUGAGACAGAGUAGCACCCUUCGAGCUGGUGACGUCUUGCGAUAGCACUCUAGAAAUGAGUUGGGUGGCUG